GAACAUAUUUAUAACUUUAGAAGUUUUUACUGAAGAUCGAAGAUAAGGUUGAAUGGUUCCGGUAUUUGGUAACCUGAAUUUCAUCAUAAGGGAAAACAAGAAGAGAACCCUUAGGAUCAAACUCAGGCUUCCAAAUACCAGAGCCAUACAUUUAGUUUUUACUGAAGAUCGAAGAUAAGGUAGUUUCAAGUUGCAGUUUUUUGUGUAAAGAUGUGAGUGAACAGUACUAAAGUUUAGAAGGAUGUCGGUACUUACAGAUGAUCGAUAGUGUAAGUACAAAGUGAGAGGAUGUAGAUCAUCAUCAUUUUUACAGCUACCAGUGUACGUAAACGUAGGAGCAAAAAUAGAAAACAUUGACCUUUUUUAGAAUGCAAGAGGAAGGCAGUUACGGUAAAAACAGGCAAAAAAAGGGGCUCAACCAACCAAGACACUGUAAAAUAUAUCACAGGCAUUUUCGAACUUUCUUUCUUUCAACAAACAACAACUGUACGACAAACGAAGGUAGUACGAAAUAGGCUUAUUGAGUAGGUUUUUUCUGUCAAGGUUAACGACAAACGAUGGUAGUACGUAGUAGGCUGCUUAAGUAGUGGGCUUUUUUUUCAAGGUUCUCUUGCUUGCGAAUGGCGUGAUCUCCUUCUUACAAACGAUUAGACUCAACGUUUCACGACUUUCAAAGCUCAAACUUCGUUCUCGAGGUCUUUCAGUUGAUAAAGUCGCUGGUGACUAGUUGUAGCGUAUAGCGUCUUCACACUCUCGAGCUGUUUAAAUUUUUAAAGCCACGAUAGCAC